UAUCUAUCCCAUAUCUUUUAUCUCUAUCUUCAAUCUUCUAAUUCUCUUUCCCAUCUUCUAUUUUUAUAUCACUAUCUUCUAUUCUUAUUUCUCUAUCUUUUCUCUCUUUUAUUUUAUUUUGCUAUCUUUUUUAUCUUCUUUCCCUUCUUUAUUAUUCUUAUUAUUAUUAUUACUAGAUUUUCUUUUUACUAACUCUUUUUUUCUUUUAUUUUUGCUGGUUUCGUUCAAUUUUUUUUUCUUACCAGAUUCUUUUUUUUCUUUUGUUAUUAACAUUUUUUUUUUGUCUUUCAGGUCCCGUUUAAUUUUUUUUUCACUAACAUAUUUUCUUCUACUUUUUUUUUUCGUUACUUUCAGUUUUUUUUUCUUCUUCUUCCAUUGGUAUUACUCCAAUUCUAUUAGAUUCUUUUCUUUUACGUUUUUGUUUUCUUCGUUAGAUUUUUUUUGUUUUUGUUUACUAUUUUCUUUGUGGUGAAAAAAAAUAAACAGAACACGAGUGUUACUGUGUUAGUCUGUAGAGUUUUUGCAGUGAUGGAAGCUAAACUUGAUAAGCUAGAAGCCAAACUCGACGAGAUACAAUUUUCUGUUACACAAAUGUUGCUCAAGAGCUAUCAACAACAGUUUGAGUCACCUCAAUGUUAUCCACAAGAGGAUUUUGAAAAUAUUUGGUGUGACCCACCUUGCUAUCAUCCACAAGGGCAAUUUCAGCAGCCUAUUUAUUCACCACCAUGCUACUAUCCGCAAGAGGAAUUUCAAUAUCCAUUUCAUGAUCCACAUCAUUCACAAGAGGAAUUUCAUCAACCUUGGAAUGAUCCACCCGAAUUUUUGGAAGACAUUUCAAAGCAAUAUGAAGCAAACCAAGCCCAGUUUCAACAACCUCGACACGAGGAACCUUCCAUAUUGCAAGAAAUUCAAGACAUGUUGAACCAAAUGUCUGCAAAUCUCAAUGCAAAUGCUGAUCAACACCUGCAAGAUACUGCAAAUUUACAAGCUCCAGUUAACGAGCUAGUUGCUCGCGCUCCCACAUUGCAACAUGAAGCUGAUGCAGAGAUUGAUGAUGAAGUUAAUCCUUGUGAUGAUACUCAUCUUGAUGCUAAGACUAAUGGUUCUAGUGAUGUUAGUGAGUUUGAAGUUGAUUUUGCUUCUGAUGCUGAUUCUAAUGAUGAAGCCAACCAACAAGAAAUACAUCUCCCUCUUCCACAAAGAACUUAUGAGAAUGAGAAGAUGUAUCAUGGUGAAGAAGAAAAUAAGUUGUUGGAUGAUUUCAAGAAGUGUUUUGCAAGGGAUGAAGUUAAGAAGAUGGAUGUAGAACGUGGAUCUAAAUUAGCAAUAUUUCCACAUAAGCCGCUUUUAAUUAAUCUAGACAUUUUUGAAAAAGUCGUGCUUAUUGGAGACUCUGUUGAUUGCAAGGAGUCAAUUUCCAUGGAGGAAUAUGUUUUGAAACCUCUACCGAAGCCUCCAGACAAAGAGUUGAUUGUUGAAUGUACUGAUUUUUCAUUUACUCUUAUUUCAGGUUGGGCAGAUGCUCGAAAAAAGUUUUCACUCAAACUGAACAUUGUCAUGAGUCAUGUUGAAGGUGCUAGAAAACAAUUUGGGUUUGUUAAGAUUGUUGCAGAUGAGAUCCCUCCAAAGCCACCUGACUUGUGGAUUGUUGCUGUUGUACCUCAAGACUAUGAGCUUCCUCUUAAUGCAAGGCCUCCACCGGACCCAGGUGAUAGCAGAUUCAGAGCAUUACCAGGUUUCAUGCCUCGCCAGCUCCCUUGA